GACGCAGCAAGUGCAACAACACUGUAAUCGCUGCAGGCAGACAGGGAGAUGGAGCUGCCAAUGCUACGUCUUCGCCCAGGCCAUCGAAAGCACCGGAGCAUUCGCGGGGUGGCCAACACACUACACCAGUUGAUCGUGCCCGAGGCGGUCAUAGUAAACGACAAAACCAAGGCGCAGGUGGUGGUAGAAGCCAUCGCGACACGGCCCCCUCCUGACAAACGCCACUCCAAUACGCGCGUCGAUCCGUUGGUUGUGCCCCCGCAGGACAACAAAACCAACGUCGUCCCCGACGCGCCGCCGUCACAGCAGCCACCCCCACAGUACCCCCACCAGCCGUUCAAGCCCAAGGAGAUCGUUCGCGGCAUGGAUCACCAUCGCACAAACACGUCCCAACGAUCGAAUCCGUCGACCACAAAACCCAUGAAGCCCGAGGAAGUGCUCGCGUCCGCCACCCACGCCGCCGCGUUAACCAUCCACGAAGCGACCGAGAUUCUCGACUUCCCCACCGUGCACUAUGUCGGCACGGCCGAGUCGAAAGUGAGAAGUAGUGGCGUAGCCAACAACGGGUUCGACGACGACAAGGGCGACUACAUUGUCAACCUACACGACCACAUCGCGUACCGGUACGAUGUAGUGGGGCACCUUGGGCGCGGUUCGUUUGGCCAAGUGCUCAAGUGCCACGACUACGCGUCGCGGCAGAUGGUCGCGGUCAAGAUUGUCCGCAACAAGCAAAAGUUCCAGGAACAGUCGGUGGUCGAAGUGCAGUUGUUACAGCACCUCAACCAUGCCGACGUGGACGGGACGAGCAACGUGAUUGCUAUGCUGGACACGUUUACGUUUCGCAACCACUUGUGUUUGGUGUUUGAGUUGCUCAGCAUUAGCCUGUACGAGUACUUGAAGCUCGAGCAGUUUCGGGGACUCCCCGUGCCGUUGCUCAAGAAAAUCGCGACGGAUGUGCUGCACUGCCUCGUGUUUCUCCAUGCCCAAAACGUCGUGCAUUGCGACUUGAAGCCAGAAAACAUCCUCGUCCGCAAACCCAAGCCGAUGCAAGUGGCCGUGAUCGACUUUGGGUCGUCGUGCUUUCACCAUGCUACGUUCUUCACGUACAUCCAGUCUCGUUUUUACCGGGCCCCCGAGGUCGUGUUGGGGCUGCCGUACGGUAUGCCCAUUGACAUGUGGAGCUUUGCAUGCAUCAUGGCCGAGCUCUUUACGGGGUACCCUGUCUUCCCCGGCGAAAACGAAGGCGAGCAACUUGCGUGCAUCAUGGAAGUGUUCGACGUUCCCCCCAAGCACAUGGUGGACAAAUGCAAGCGCCGCAAGAACUUUUUCAACGACGUUGGCGAGCCCACGAUCACAAUCAACUCGCGCGGUCGCAAGCGGCGGCCCAACUCGAGGGAGUUCCGCGCCCUGAUCAAGUGCCAAGACCUCAAGUUCGUGGACUUGCUCACAAAGUGUUUUCGAUGGGACCCCGCAAUGCGGUGCACCCCCAUGGAAGCUCUCGACCACGAGUGGCUCACGGGCGAAUCGAAACUGGCCAAACCGCCAGUGAUCACCCCGUCCACGGCGUCGUCGGGGGGUACUACCGCGCGGCCACCGGACAAGUCGCCCCAUUCAACACACCGACCGUCGACGAUCCAUGUGCGCAAACCUCACAACGACAACCAUGUCGUGGUGGGGGGAGGAGGGACAAGGGGAGGGGGGGGAUCGAUGGAUCUCAUGUCCGUGCUGCCGAAAAUUUAAUCGUGUAUUUUCUGUGCA